GCCGUUCGGGCUGGGGCUGUCGGCCGCAGGGCUGAGGCACUCGCGCGGGGGGUAACUCGGGUCUGGGUUCUGGUGCCGCGCAAGCUCUCCCCGAUGGCCCGCUGUGUGACCUUGGUUCAGCUGUCCAUUUCCUGUGACCAUCUCAUUGACAAGGACAUCGGCUCCAAGUCUGACCCACUCUGCGUCCUUUUACAGGAUGUGGGAGGGGCCUGGGCUGAGCUUUGCCGGACUGAACGUGUUCGUAAUUGUUCAAGCCCUGCAUUCUCCAAGACACUGCAGAUAGAAUACCACUUUGAGACGGUCCAGAAGCUCCGCUUUGGGAUCUAUGACAUAGACAACACGACCCCAGAGCUGGGGGAUGAUGACUUCCUAGGAGCAGCUGAGUGCUCUCUCGGUCAGAUUGUAUCCAGCCAGACGCUGACUCUACCCUUGAUGUUGAGGCCUGGGAAACCUGCAGGGCGGGGUACCAUUACAGUUUCAGCUCAGGAGCUAAAGGACAGUCGUGUAGUAACCAUGGAGGUAGAAGCUAGAAACCUGGAUAAGAAGGACUUCCUAGGAAAAUCUGAUCCAUUCUUGGAGUUCUUCCGGCAGGGUGAUGGGAAGUGGCAGCUUGCAUAUAGAACUGAGGUAGUCAAGAACAACCUGAACCCUACCUGGAAGCGCUUCUCAGUCUCUCUUCAGCAUUUCUGCGGCGGGGACCUCAGCACACCCAUCCAGGUACGCUGCUCAGACUACGACAGUGACGGGUCACAUGACCUCAUUGGUACCUUCCACACUACCUUGGCCCAACUGCAAGCAGCCCCGGCUGAGUUUGAAUGUGUCCACCCUGAGAAGCAGCAGAGAAAGAAAAGCUACAGAAACUCUGGAACCAUCCGUGUCAAGGCUUGCCGGGUGGAGACAGAGUAUUCCUUCCUGGACUAUGUGAUGGGAGGCUGCCAGAUCAACUUUACUGUGGGUGUGGACUUCACUGGCUCCAAUGGCGACCCAUCCUCACCUGACUCCCUGCAUUAUCUGAGCCCUACUGGAGUCAACGAAUAUCUGACAGCACUGUGGAGUGUGGGCAGCGUGGUUCAAGACUAUGACUCAGACAAGCUGUUUCCAGCAUUUGGAUUUGGAGCCCAGGUGCCCCCUGAUUGGCAGGUCUCACAUGAGUUUGCCUUGAACUUCAAUCCCAGUAAUCCGUAUUGUGCAGGCAUUCAGGGUAUCGUAGACGCCUACCGUCAAGCCCUGCCCCAAGUCCGUCUCUAUGGCCCCACCAACUUUGCACCCAUCAUCAACCACGUGGCCAGGUUUGCAGCCCAGGCUGCCCAGCAGAGGACUGCCUCGCAAUACUUCGUACUGUUGCUUUUGACUGAUGGCGCUGUGACAGAUGUGGAGGCCACGUGUAAAGCUGUGGUGGAAGCCUCAAAGCUGCCCAUGUCCGUGAUCAUUGUGGGUGUGGGUGGUGCCGACUUUGAGGUCAUGGAACAGCUGGAUGCUGAUGGCAGCCCUCUUCGCACACGCUCCGGAGAAGCAGCUGCCCGAGACAUAGUGCAGUUUGUGCCUUAUCGACGAUUUCAGAAUGCUCCACGGGAGACACUUGCGCAGACUGUGCUUGCAGAAGUGCCUACGCAGAUGGUUUCCUACUUCAAAGCCCACGGUUGGGCCCCGUUAAAGGCACCUCCAACCCCGGCCAAGGGCCCCGCCCAGGCCCCACAGGCCUAGGUUCCCUUGGAAGAGGCUACAGUCAGUCCUCCUCCUGCAGUGCUCCAUCCUCUGGGCACGGGCCAUCCGUGCACGUCCUUCCCACUUCAUAAUUGAUACUUUCAUAUGUGCUUCUGCUGUGGCUGCUCUUUGACAUGCCUGCCUGGCUCCCUCUCAGUCAGGAAAGAAAGACUAGUAAAGAUAUCACCCCUUUCUCUCAGAGUUGUAGACCGCUACAGAAAGCCACACUUGCCUUGACCUUGUGGAGUAAAAGAUCCCUUUGGUCUGAUAACCCCAUUCAAGCAACCUGAGUCUAUUCACUCGUCACAUACUUUGAAAAGACAAAGUUUGUAUAUAAAGUAAGCAUGUGGUUGUCCUGCCCUCUGGGACAAGCAGAGCUGCAGCCAUGAACAAGGUAGAACGUGCUACCUUAUAAGAAAGCAAACAGGAGAGAAUGAUGUUUUAGAGCAGAGUAAGGGCUGUUAGACUUCCUGUGUUAGCUCUGUCCCUUUGUUUCUUGGGAACAUUUGUAGCUCAGGAUGGCCUGCAGUUUACCAUCCUGCGGCAACUUUAGAUGCUAGAAUUACAGGCAUAUGCUACCAUGUCUGGAUUAUAGUCCUGAUUUUUUUUUAUUUGCUUUUUUAAUAUACAAUCUCAUAUAGCCCAGGCUGGCCCUACAUUGUAUUGCCAAGCAUAACUUGAAUUCCUGCUCUUCCUACUCUAGCUUCCCAAGUGCUAGGAUUAUAACCAUGCCUCAACUGGCUUUUUUAUAUUGAAGAUUUCACAUGCAUAUUCAUUGCACAUCCUAACCACUUUGUCCAGACUGCCUUAGACUCUCUGGGCUCAAGGUCCUGGAGUAGCUGGAACUAUGGUUAACUUAGUGCCUUGUUUAGCAAAACUGGUUUUGUUUGUAGGGUGGAGGGAGGGAGCUCCUAAAUGCAGAGUUAAAAUUUCACACAACCUGCUCAUCAGUCCUGGUAGGGGCACAGUGUGCGUGCAACCCAGCUCCUAGGAGGCACAGAGGAUUUUAAAAUUCAUUCUCUAAUUUAAUGAAACAUUGUUGCAGAUAUCGGUAUUAUAUAAAAAUAGAAAAUGGAAACAAAGAUUGGUGGCUCAUGGUUGCAUUCCUAACACUCAGAAGUCCCACACAUGAUUGCUGAGAGUCUGAUAUGGACUUGAGGUACACUGGGUUUCAGGUCAGACAGAACAACUUUAAAAAGCUAACACAUACACUGUUUGUAUCUGGUUUGCAUUUAUUUUGGAAGCCUUAUCCACCAGAACUUACUGCCUCCUCUUUUUCAUAUCUAUUCUUUUGUAAGAAUAUACCAGAGUUUAGUAAUUCCCUUCCUUACAGAGAUUCAUCUUUCUGUGCUUAGACACUUUUUGAGGAAUUGGUUUUUCAUUGUGCAAAUGCUAGAUUGCAUGUGAUAUUUGGAGUGUUUGCAGUUAUUAUAGACUGCCUCUGUGGAGAGGUGUGGUCUAGUUCAUCCCGUCUGAUGGCCUAUGCUCACCUUCUUCCCAAGAUCUCAUUUCUAGGUUCCACUUCUUUUAUUUCACACACAUUCCUUAUUUCUCAGUAACCUGUUCGUGAUCUGUAUGUGUUAGAAAUUUAUUCUGUUGUUCUUGACAUGUUGAAAGUAUUUUCCCCUCAGCUCUUAUCUUUUAUGAUUUUAUACUCGAUAUACAAAUCUAUUUUUUAUAUAUAUUAACCUUUUAAAAAAUGUAUUCAUAUAUCAAUAAUAAUAUAUACACCUCCUCA